CCGUACUCCGCAGAGCCGGGCUCGGAGGCUGCCGGGAGGGGCCGGGCGGCGCAGAGCGAGAUCCCGGGAAGGGCCGGCGGGGAGAGCCCGGUCUCGGUCGUGGGUGGAGAGGCCCUGCCCGGGCCAGUGGGCCGCUGGGGAUAUCUGGAUGGCCAGAGGAGGGCCUGCUGAGAGAGUCCUGUCCAUGCUCGGGGGCCUCUGGGGACAUGAGGUGGGCGUGUAUCUGGCUCCUCUGUCCCCUGGGCCCACUGGUCUUGCUCUCUGCACCCACAAACCCUCCCAACAUCCUGUUAAUCUUUGCGGAUGACCUGGGGUUUGGAGAUUUGGGAAGCUAUGGGCACCCCACCUCAGCCACGCCAAACCUGGACAAGAUGGCGGCCAGGGGCCUAAGAUUCACCGACUUCUAUGCCAGCUGUCCACUCUGCAGCCCCUCGCGGGCGGCCCUGCUGACGGGUCGGUACCAGACACGCUCUGGGGUCUACCCUGGCGUGUUCUACCCUGGCUCCCGGGGAGGCCUCCCGCUGUCCGAAGUCACCAUCGCGGAGGUGCUGAAGGCUCGAGGCUAUGCCACAGCCAUGGUCGGCAAAUGGCACCUGGGACUGGGGGCCAAUGGCUCCUUCCUGCCCAUCCACCAGGGCUUUGACCACUUCCUGGGGGUGCCGUACUCCCAUGACCAGGGCCCCUGCCAGAAUCUCACCUGCUUCCCCCCAGACACCAAGUGCUUUGGGACAUGCGACCAGGGCGUGGUGCCCGUCCCACUGCUCCUAAACCAGAGCAUCCUGCAGCAGCCGCUUGCCUUCCCCCAGCUGGUGCCGCUCUACAACAAGUUCUCUCGCGACUUCAUUGCUGACUGCGCCCGCCGGGACCGCCCCUUCUUUCUCUACUAUGCCUCCCAUCACACCCACUACCCCCAGUUUGGGAGCCAGGAGUAUGUGGGCCAGUCGCUGCGGGGCCCCUUUGGGGAUGCCCUCAUGGAGUUUGACGGCUCAGUGGGGCUCCUGCUCCAGGCACUGCAGGAGAAUGGCCUGGAGGGGAACACGCUGGUCUUCUUCACUGCGGACAAUGGCCCUGAGACCAUGCGAAUGGCCCGUGGGGGCAGCUCGGGCCUCCUGAAGUGCGGAAAGGGAACGACAUACGAGGGUGGGAUGCGGGAGCCUGCGGUGGCUUAUUGGCCAGGCCGGAUCUCCCCGGGUGUGACCCACGAGAUGGCCAGCACCCUGGAUGUCCUGCCAACCCUGGCUGCCCUGGCUAAGGUGCCUCUCCCCACUGUCCCGUUGGACGGCUACGACCUGAGCCCGGUGCUCUUUGGAGGUGGGAAGAGUCCCCGGCAGAUGAUGUUCUAUUACCCGCCCAGCCCCAGCGAGCUGCUUGGCGUUUUUGCCGUCAGAUACGGGAAGCACAAGGCCCAUUUCUUCACACAAGGUGCCUUCCACAGUGGGACGACCCCCGACCCGGACUGCCAUGGGCUGACGCCCCUGACGCCCCACGAGCCCCCACUGCUCUUUGACCUGGAGACUGACCCUGCAGAGAACUAUAACCUGCUGCAGGGUGGUGCCGUGGGGCUGGAGGUGCUGUGGGUGCUGAAGGAGAUCAAGCUGCAAAAGGCGCUCUUCGACCAGCGCAUGGAGUUUGGGGAAAGCCAGAUAGGGAAGGGCACUGACCUUGCCCUCCAGCCCUGCUGUGCCCCCCACUGCACCCCCAAGCCCUCCUGUUGCCACUGCUCCUAAUCUGCCUGCUGUAUUGCACCCUCUAAUUCUCCUCUCGCCACUGCCUGGAACCCCCCUGGUCGUUGAAAGCCUCCUGCUGCUGUGCCCAUCUCUCUGCUACCACUCUAAAGUCCCUGCGCUGGCCUCCCCGCUGCUCUCCCCAAACCUGCCUGCAGCUGGGUGUGCUGCAUUGGGGUGCUUCCCUGGCCAUUGGAGCUGCCCCCAGACUCCCGCUCCUCAGGCCUGACGCAGAGGCACCUAUGUGCUGGCUGCAUGGGGGUGGGGGGGAUGGGGCACUCAUGCAGGUUCCUGGGGAGUGGGAUGUUUUACCUCUGCACUGGGAGCCUUUGGCUAUUUGACACAAACCGCAGCUCUCUCCUGGGCGCACUGGGCUCUGGAACAAAGGAAAGGGCACGCCCUCAGAGCCUAGCGCCCCAAUGCAGCCAGCUGGGGGCCCGGCAGUACCAGCCGGCUGGAGCAGGACGGCCAGGGAGUGGAGCAUGGCUAGCUCUGGGGGACUGGCAGCUGUCCCUGGACCCUGGCACAGCAGUGAGGGCCAAGCCGUAUCAAUACUGGCGCAGAGAUGGAGUGUAGGGUGCGACGCUAGGAUCAGGGCCAGUAGCAGCAGCUGGGGUGCUUGGCCCGGAGCCUGUGGAUGGGGGACUGACAAAUGACUCUGCAGUCAGGAGAGUAGCUGUGCAGAGCUCCGGGGCAGGUCCCUUCAGCUGCGUGGAUGCAUCCACCUGUGGCUCUGGGAGACGACUUGUGCUUGUUUAAAGGGUGAAAUGAGGAAAAACGAGUCCAUGGCGUGGCUGCCCUCCAGGCUCAGCUGGUGUUUGCAGUCCCUGGGCAGGUGUGACCAGGGCUGUGUGCACCGGCAGGCCAAGGAGCCAGGGUUCCCAGCCCAGAGCUGGUCCUGAGCCCCUUUGGCAGUGCUCCUGCCCGGGGAGUGAGAGUUGUGAGAAGAGCAGGAUAGGUCCAGCCAAGGAGGGCCUAAGCAGCUGCUUGGGAUACCCAGGGAAGGAGGAAGCUGCUGGCAUCCUGCAGAGAAGGGCCAGGUACAAGCUGUGACACGCAUGCCCAGACAGGCAUGUUAUCCCUCCGGCUUUACCAGCUUCUCCGUGCUUUACCGAAGGGGGCGGGUCAUGUGUGGUCACUGCUGAGCUAAGCUAGCUGAUUGCCAUGGGUCUUGCAGGACAUUUGUACUGGAAAUUUUCUUAGAUGUAAAGUUCCACAGCUACUGGGGCAGAAGCACACCGUCUGUGGUGGGAUGGGUCUUGGCAAACUCAAGAUUGAGACCAGUCAGUGCUUUCCGACCCAGCUCAGAGCUGUAUGUACAGUCUGGACUGGAUCCAGGCCACAGCAUUGACAGACGAAAGAACCCCAAGGAGAGAGACUGCCACGGGGACCCUCAGGGCUGAGCUGCUGAUCAUGAAGAGAGACCAAGUCGGGGGAUGUAUAGGAGAAGAAGAAAGGGCACAAGAUGUUAUCCAUUACGGAGGGCUCUCUGUCAGGGGAGCGUCCCCUGAAAAGUGGAUCCUUGCUCUCUGAACUGGACACACUGAUUACAGGAUGACAAAUGGCUGCUUAGACAGGAAAGGGACUCGCUAACAAGUACAGACUCUAGGUUACAUUUUAUGUUUUUCUUCUACCUGUAACCUCAUGUUUCCAAACUCUCUUCCUUGCUUUUAUUCAAAUCUGUAACCCGAGCUCUGUUAAAUAAACUGAAAUCUGGUUUUACUGUA